GACCGCGGCGACGGGCCUCCAGCAGCAGUUCCACGGCGACGGUGUAGUAGCACAGUCCGGCAGUCAGCAUUCGAUCACGGUCGGCGCGUGUGCUCCGUCGCGUCAGCUCGAUACGUCUCCGUGCUUCGUAACGUUCGUCCGCUAUCGCGUGCCCACCAGCAACCGCGAACAAUAAUUAUUUUAAACACGUCCACCCGGGGACUUGUUCGAACGUUUCGUCGCUUCGGUACCGCGGCGCCCCUGGCAGUCCGAUCUCCACCCGUAUUACCGAGUUGUUAUCGCGGACAGACGAUAUUAUUACGUUGUUGUGCACGUCGCGAAACGAUGGUUGCGUAGCGGCACGUCGUACAGCGCGGUUGCCGUGGUCGAUUACUCGCGAAAAGACACCCGUCCCGCAGUCGUCGGUCCCGCGUUGUCCGACGUGACGGCAGCUCCGCGCGUUUGAUGGUGGUGUGCUAAACGCGGCGACGCGCUCCUCAACGGUCAAAGGCCGCGUGCGCACGAUGGGGGCCGGCAAAAUGCGAAGGAAAGUCAAGGUGCUAUUGAUUUUCCUGACGUCGUGGAUGUUCGUGGUAGUAUACUUCAUACAGUCCAGUUCCAGGGAUACAAAGCCAGAAGAGAACAGAGCGUUACGGCUGAAAAGCGACCGAUACGCUUUAAUGUCCGUCGAAGAUCCGUCGACCAACAGGCACGUAGAUAGUUCAUCCAGUUCUCUGACCGAUGGCCAAGCAGAACUCUUUACGCCUUUUUCAACAUUAAGCAGUUAUUUGGACGAGGCCGCGUACGUGACUGCUGGUGGUCUUAAACGCGGCGACGAUGCGUAUUCACGUAACAAAUUCAAUCAAUUGGCAAGCGACAGUCUGCGUAGCAAUCGUCCAGUGCCCGAUACCAGGAACAGCAAAUGUUUAGACAAGAGAUAUCGUAUUGAUUUGCCUCAGACAAGUGUUAUUAUCACUUUCCAUAACGAAGCAAGAUCUACUCUUUUAAGAACUGUUGUCAGCGUUUUAAACAGAAGUCCUGAGAAUUUAAUUAAAGAGAUAAUUUUAGUCGACGAUUUUAGUGAUGACAAAACUGACGGAGAAGAAUUAUCAAAAAUACAAAAAGUGAAACUUAUAAGAAAUGAACAAAGAGAAGGAUUAAUGAGAUCUAGAGUCCGCGGUGCAGAUAUUGCAAAAGCACCUGUACUUACUUUUUUGGACAGUCAUGUUGAGUGUAAUGUAAAUUGGCUGGAACCACUUUUGGAUCGUGUGGCAGAGGACCCGACAAGAGUGGUGUGUCCAAUUAUUGACGUUAUAAAUAUGGACAGCUUUCAAUAUAUUGGAGCUUCGUCAGAACUAAGAGGUGGAUUUGAUUGGAAUUUAGUGUUUAAAUGGGAGUAUUUAACAAAAGAGGUUAGAAUGCAGCGUCAAAAAGAUCAAACAUUACCAAUAAGAACACCUAUGAUUGCCGGAGGUUUAUUUGUCAUGGAUAGAAAUUAUUUUAUAAAACUUGGAAAAUAUGAUAUGGAAAUGAAUAUCUGGGGUGGUGAAAAUUUAGAAAUAUCAUUUAGAGUAUGGCAAUGUGGUGGUAGUUUAGAAAUAAUUCCUUGUUCACGAGUUGGCCAUGUGUUUCGAAAAAGACACCCGUAUUCAUUUCCGGGAGGAAGUGGCAAUGUUUUCGCACACAAUACUCGUCGAGCAGCUGAAGUGUGGAUGGACCAAUAUAAGAGAUACUAUUAUAAUGCUGUACCAUUAUCUAGAACAGUUCCAUUUGGAAACAUUGCUGAUCGAUUGGCAUUGAAAAAAAAACUUGGUUGUAAACCAUUCAAAUGGUAUUUAGACAACGUUUAUCCAGAACUCAAAUUGCCGACAACUGUAGACUUGUUUGUGGGUAGUAUUAGACAGGGAGAUUGGUGUUUAGAUACAUUAGAAAACCAAAUAGGGAAAACUGCUGGUCUCUAUCGUUGUCACGAUUAUGGCGGAAAUCAAGAAUGGACAUUAACAGUGGCCGGGUCAAUUAAACAUGACACCAUGUGCUUAUCUCCAACAGAUUAUUCAUCUAUGAGUUUAAUUAUAAUGAAGCCUUGCGAUUCUUUAACUAACGAAUGGAAAUAUGAUGAAAACACUAAGCAAUUGAAACUUAAAAUGGUGAAUCUGUGUUUGGACACUCUUGGAGUACACGACAUGCUUAGCAUUAAUGUAUGUGAUAACCUUAAUUCAAAUCAAAAAUGGGAUUACUUGGUUGCAGCUGGAAUUGAAAAUAUGAUUUAAAUUCUAAACCCGUAAUCAAAUACAGGAGUAUAUUAGGUACCAAUAUUAAUUGAUUUUUGUAAUCAAAAAUGUUAAUAACAUUAAAAUAUAAGAAUCCCAAAAACAACCUUUUCUAUAAAUCCUUCAGUUGAAAAAUUAUAUUUAUUAAGUACAAUUAAGUUUUAUUAUUAAUAUUAUACUGUGAUAGAACAAAUUAUUUGCAUUGUUUUAUCCCAAAUGUAUAAAUAAUAUCCAUUAUUAAUCAGCUAAUGUUAUUAAGUCA